AUGGGGUUCCCGAAGGAGUACCAGUUUCUAUCUGAGCUCGGCCUUGGCCCUCGGAACCCUGGCUGCUAUGCCAACGGCACCUGGCGCGGCGAUGGCCCCGUCGUUGGCUCGUAUAACCCCGCCAACAACCAUGUGAGCUUCCUGCUUCGUUCUCUUUUUGCCUGGGAUUGAGGGGCCCCUCUCUCUUUGCUGUGCGUGAUCCCUGCCGUCUUGCGGCAUCAAUGUGUUGAACUUGGAUCGAUCAAUUUUUUGCUUUCUCGCCGUUUGUGAAGAGAAUUGCCGAGGUGGUGGAGGCGUCGAUCCAGGACUAUGAGGACGGUAUGCAGGCAUGCACGGAGGCAGCGAAGAUAUGGAUGCAGGUGAGCAUAUCACCGUCUCUUUCUCCCUCUCUUCCCCCAUCUACACACACACACACACGACUAUCUGUCUUUAUCUCUAUUGGAGGGAGUAGUUCGAAUGAAGGGAGAAGCUUGACGCCGACAUGCAUUUUGACUAGCUCUGUUAUGUAGCUGAUAGACCCAGCAUCCGAUCAUCUGUAGCUUUCACUUACCAUUUAAAUCAACGUUGUGCUGUUUGGGAAAACGAGAGGAAUCACGAUGGCUGAUGAUCUUUUUUGUGCUAUAUUUUCUUCUGCAAAUUCCUUCUUAUUCCUCAUAUUAUAAAUAUCUCAAACGCAUUUGGUUUGUUCUAAGAAUCUGACUGGUUCUUUAGAAAUCUUUUCGAGGGAAGGAUGAUCGUAUCGUUUUAGAAUUACAGUGAGCUAUCUUCCUCAGUUCACAAUCAUCGACUAAUUAAUUAAUCUUUUACAAACUCAUUUUUCAGGUUCCAGCACCGAAGAGGGGUGAGAUCGUCCGACAGAUUGGAGAUGCUCUUAGAACGAAACUGCAGCAACUUGGUAGGCUUGUCUCUCUUGAGAUGGGGAAGAUACUCGCUGAAGGAAUUGGUGAAGUCCAGGUAACAUUUUUCCGACAGGCUUUCAUGUUACAUUUGUCUUCGUGUAAUAUUCAUUAACCGAGUUAGUAUUUCAAUUUUUCCGUGCCAUAGGCUGUCAAUGGUGCCGAUUUUGUUAAACCUUUUCAGAGAAACGAGUAGAAUUGCAUGUUUAGUUUAUUACGCAUAAUGAGUAGUAUAAUGAUGUGCAUUUGGCAAAAAUAAUUAUCGGUGUAUUUAAUUCCUCACUCGGAAUAGACGGAGAGAUAAAUGCCUGACAAAAACGUUUUCCGAACUCAGAAAGAAGCUGAACAGAAUAACAGAAAGACAGGCUCUUCUUCUGUGUAAUCUAUUGCAUUCUGUUCCAGAAUAUGAACCUGUCAUUUCAUGAAACAGGAAAUAAUGGUUGACCUUAUCGCUUAUUGGACUAUGGCAUGUUUGUGCUCGAAACCCUGUGAAAUUCUUAGUUUUCUUUAGUGCAACACGUAGCGCGCUGGUGUAUGUAGAAGCAAUGCGCCUCAUUAAUAACUUUCAUUUUAUACUUAAACUUUAAGAUCAUAUAGAACCUCAUCUCCUUUUUUAUAAGUUCCGAUGUUCACUACUUCAACCAAAUUAGAUUUUCUAUCAAAUUAUGGGAAGCGAAUAUUUUCUCUCUUAGACAAGCAUUAUGGAAAUAGCCAAAAGUGUACGAACUACGUUUUUUCCCUUCCUUCUAUCUGUUGGACGAGGUUUCUAAACCACAACUGCGUACCUUCACUGUGGGAGUUCUUCAUGCAAACACUGAUGCAUAGGUGUCGAGCUUAACUUGAGAAAAAAAUGAAUAACAAUUUCCUGGUUCCAUUUGUCGCCAGUCACAGACCCUAAAGAUUGUAAUCGUUUAUUUCCUAUGUAUCUUCAAUGAAUGUACUGUUUCUUAGUUGAGGAAGAAAAUGAUAUUUCAGUGAAAGACAUCAUAUCUGUACGUGUUUUACAUAAAAUCAUGAACAAAAUCACAUCAAUUGAUUGGCAUGUUGGCACAAAAGUGUUUUUCGUUGAAAAGAGGGACCAAUGUAAUUUUUCUGAAACAGUUACGGGUUUACCCGGUGAAUACAGCAGAAAAGAGUAAAAAUAGACUUCUGCGGAAUGACUGAUUCAUUCGGAUCGACAUGAGGGUCCAGUUCAUGCUGCUUAUAGAAGCAUAAUUUAGAAUACCAUCCAUUUUUUCAUGACCAUAAUUGAUCUAUUGAUGGACAUGGUACUUUGUUGUUCUUUCCAAGCUCAAAACCGUUAAUUAUCGUUUGAAAUGCUGUAGUGAGUAAUAUUUUACUAUUUGGUUUACAUUACUUGGAAGGAUGAGUCACUGUCGAUUUCAUUUAUAAUCCAGUCACUGUUUGGUAGCCUUGAUCCUUCUUUCUUAGUUUCUAGGCCAUAGAAUAUAUCAACGUCAUUCAUUGAUUUCAUGGGAACUCCUAGCCGUUAACUUCCCUGUUAUAUUUUGAUAUCCUUGAUAAGACAUGAUUAUUGAAUGAAGUGGAUGAAUAGAGUCUACGAUGCCCCCUAUACAGUACAUACUGUGCAAGUGCCGAAUAUGCCUUGUAUUUUCUUACUUCGAUUCAUGUUUUUUAUCAGGAAAUAAUUGACAUGUGCGACUAUGUUGUUGGGUUAAGCCGACAACUCAAUGGAUCAAUUAUUCCGUCAGAACGUAAGCCGUUUAUUCCCUGAAUCUUUGGAAUAUAGCCUGGUCAUUCUUCAUUCAGUUAAGUUUCAUAUGUUCCAAGUUUUACAGUGCUGCUUAUCGCCUGUAUAAUCUUGUUUGCUCUACAAUACUGAACUGAUAACGCCAAAUAUUUUCUAUCUUUUACCCGAGAUGCUUGUAAGGAGUCAGCCGUCCCCGCAUUCCAUUUCUCAAAGAUAAUUGUCUCAAGUAAAAACUGUUUCUCCAUUAAAAAACGACUGAGAAACUGUUGGUUGAAAUACAAAAAACUCAAAAUUGAUGAAUAUUGGCUGAAUGAGGUUUGAGAUAAUAUCUGUUGUCAAUCCAAAAACCCUGUCAUUGAUUGAAGUUUAACUGCUUUAAAAUAAAAUUUCCCCUUGAGGAAAAUCAUAUUCGACUGUAGUUGUCUUAUGCAUGAUUUGGUUCUCUACUUUAUAAUAUACUGUUUUUCAUGCCCUGGGUCAUGAGUCAUAUUUUGAAGAAAAAAACUGAGAAAGCUUUCACCUUAAAGCCGUGUGAUUCACUUGUGAUGAGUAUGCGAUAAGCAGAUGUUAGUUCAUAUGCCAGACUGACAUACAUUGGAACACGUCUUUUUAUGUGAAGGGCAUUAUCCCUUUCUUUCAUGUUUCUGAAGAGGAUGUAUUGGAUUUGCGACCCUAAGUUCCUCUUUUAAUAGCUUAUUACGACUGCCUAGUUUUUUGUAUGGGAAAUGGCCACCUUGCAUUUCAUGGGUCAUUUAAGCGCCGGCGUACUGUAUUUUACCUUCUGAUUGUUAUGGCUUUUUCAGUUGUUUGCAGAAUGUUUCUUAUUUCAUUUGUCUUCCUACAGGUCCGAACCAUAUGAUGAUGGAGGUAGGAUGUUCAUGAUGCAGAUUCGUAAAGUCUGUUUAACAUCUGGUGCUUACUUCUUUCCUGAUCUUUAUGCUAAAAUUUGAAAAAAUAAUUCUAAUGCAGGUGUGGAAUCCCCUUGGAAUUGUGGGUGUAAUCACAGCCUUUAACUUUCCAUGUGCUGUGCUCGGUAAGACCGCGCAUUCUUCACUUGAACUUUGUUUUUGUCCUUGAUAAUCUCCAUUCUCUGUAAUAACCGAGUUCGUUCUAGUUUGAAACUGUAAAAAAAUAUUUCAAAUUAUUUUAUUGAAUAAUAACAACUUUGUGGGAAGAAAAAAGCGAAACUUAUAGAUCACCUUCCAGUCUCACCUUCUACCUUAUCACUUGUCACCUUCCAGUAUCGUGAAACCGAAUCCUGUGUCCAAUUUCGAGUAUCCACUUUCCAGCAUCACCUUCUACCUUAUCACUUCAGAUUCUUUGAUAUAUAGUCACUCUUUUUGAUCAUUCAUGAAGGCCUGCAGUUCGAAUUUUUGCACCAUGAAAAACCGUUUCUUGGUAAAAUAGGAAACAAUAUGCUCUUUCUCAAGACCAUCAUUCACACAUUCUUCAUUGAAUCAUAUCCAUUCAAAAGGAUGUUUAGUUUCCUUUCAUUCUUUCCUUUUUUUAGCUCUCAUAUCUUAUGUGUGGUGAUGCAGGAUGGAACGCCUGUGUUGCUUUAGUAUGUGGCAACUGUGUUGUCUGGUAAGUAUAUAAUUGUAUAUAUGGUCUUAUUUUUCAAUCAUAUCAUCUACAAUCUUCAUGAAUUUUAAUUUUGUUUAGGUUAUUUCACUUUGUUGACACUUCUCACUUUAUGAUUUACUUUUCUGAGAUACAUUUUUGCUUAUCGCUUCUGGCCUUCUCAUGUUUCUAGUGUCUUUUGAUGAUACUUGGGCAUGUAUCGAACUGGUAUGUGAAUCUGACAAAUGAAAGGGACAAAUGUGAUAAAAGAGCAAGCUAAAUCACGCACCCGACACUCUGGGGUCAGCCCUGAACCCUCCUUAUAUACAUCCCGAGGGGAUACAACAGCCCUCAUUUUAGUAUGCGCAAUACAUGGCAAGCUGUCUCAUAUAGAAACAACAGCUUUAAAUUAUGGGGCGGAAAAUCAGGGAUCGAAGUGUAGAGAAUAAGAAAGUCCUAAGCAUAGAAAGUCUAAUGAUAACUCUGAAGAAUAUGUGGCUCUAUUUUAUUAUCAUUAUUUAAUGGAAUUUUAAAUGUAUCUAUAUAUAUAGAUAUAUAUAUAUAUAUCCUUUGUUGAUCAGUCGGAUAAAAGGCAAUUCAUCAAAGAAAAAGUAAUUCAUUAUCCUGAAGUACAGUCUUCAAGACUUUCAGUGGUUAUUCUAGAUUCCUCUUUCACAAUAAGCUUAAAGUCCUACCUUUCCAUAAACGCAGAAAACGUAAAAACAUAGUAUUCAUGGAGGGAAAAGAAGCCCAUGGUUGCAUCGUUUACCUCUCUCUAUUCGUCCCUCUUUAACCAUUAAUUUUCUUCUUCGUCACACCUUAGCCGUAGCCAGCUUAAACUGAACGAUAGGACUAGAGUGAAUUGAGGAGACUGUUGAAACAUUACAAUAGAUUCUGUAGGUAAUCAUCGAUCUGAUUCAAUGAAUGACUGUUCUCUCUGAGUUUGUUUCUACUCAGUUAUGACUCUCGAGUUGUGUGACAAGGUCUAACAUGCGUGAACUACAUGCAUCAACAGAGGCAUCGCAGAUGUCAAAAUAUUUCAGUAAGACAGUCUACUUGGUUGACGCGUGAACUACUCAGCAUUUCUUGAUUGAAUGCAGUCUACUUGGAGUUCAUGUAAGACAGUCUUAUGGUCCUGGUCUUAAAUUGGUGAUCGAGAAGGUAUGGGUCGGGUGAACCAGAGUUUGGAUCUUGCCAUCCUAGGUGUACUAUCUCAGUGCACUACUCGAUAUUUAAGCUAGAAGAUUUAGUCUUUCUGUCCAUUCUCAUUUGAAAGUGAGUGUUUGUGGGGUCAACACUGGGAAGUUAAAUGCUAGCAUUUUCACAUAAAAUAGGAUCUAAUGUAUCCAAAAUGCAAAGAUUUACGAGGGUCAACGCUUCUGGACUAACUACCAACAGACCCAUGGGAACCAAGUCAACAAUAGGGAAAGACAAAUUUUAGCACCCAAACUGGGCCAAAAAAUGGAAAAACAGGGUCGACUAUUGACAUUGCAUGAGGGUCCUCUCUUCGGUUGGCACCUGAUUAUAUAUAUAGUCGAUAUAAAUUUUCUAGGGGUUGACUCUUGGAGAUUUGUAAUCCUAGAUGAAGAGUCAUUUUCUAGCUGUUGGAGGAGCAGAAAUUUGCAAUGGUUUUACUUGGGCGUCUCAUCCUACUAGAAGAGCCCGAAGAAGAGAGAGGAAGCUUUCGUGAGAUUUCCGUGAUCCGGAAUGUCAAAACCCACCCAAGGCGUGACUUGGGGAGCAAAGUAGGUCUGAGAUCAAUCAAAACCAUCACAAAAUUCGUGUGGCAUUAUGGUGCAUGCUCGUCUCCUUCUCACGCGAUUUUGAGUUCUGCGUUACUGUUUUACUGCCUCUUUUGCCAAGCCUUUUUUUUUUCUUUUCAGCAUCUCACGCCUCUCUCCUUCUGUAAUUUAGUAUUCUAUAAAAUAAGAAGAAAAAAAACGCAAUUUGAUGCUAAUGGCAACACCAUUGACUGCGCAAUAGGAAAGGGGCACCAACAACCCCUUUGGUCACCAUUGCCACCACAGAGAUUAUUGCUCAAGUUCUGGAAAAGAACAACUUACCUGGUGCCAUAUUUACAUCAUUCUGCGGUGGCUCUGAAAUCGGAGAAGCAAUAGCACGCGACAAACGGAUACCAUUGGUUUCGUUCACCGGAAGCACAAAGGUAUGAGAUUGCAUCUUCUAUCCUGUAACUAUGACGAUUGAUUUUAUUUAUUUGUUUAUUUAUUAUUAUUAUUAUUCUGUCGUCUAAUCUUCCAUACUGUUUGAGGGGCACCAAGUAUCGAGUUACUAUCUGGUGCAUAGCGUUUUCCUUGGCUGUUCUUGUCGGCUUUGGUGACCGAUUGGUGUCAUCUUUCUGCUUAUUAGGCUUUUCUUGAAUAAUUAUAGCCGACUAGCAUGCAUGUUUUCCAUUAAUUACAUGGAAGGGGGAUGAAGUUCUCUGCAGAUGCUCACCUUAGAUAGAAAGAGUGACCAUUAUAUCAUGAGGUACCAGUCUAGGGCUGACCCACAAACUUCCAAGGUUGAGACAUUCUUGGAUCACUACUACACACACAUACACAAUUGCACUUACCGAGCUGACCGUCAUAAAUUGUAUCAUCGACUCGAUCUUCCUGUCAGUAGAAAUGAAGUUCAUCACUAGAUUUAUCGACCAUAUAUGCCGCUCAGCUCAUUCUUGGCUCCAAGCGCAGGUCGGGCUCAUGGUUCAGCAGACGGUUAACCAGAGAUUUGGCAAAUGCCUGCUCGAGCUCAGCGGGAACAACGCCAUAAUCGUCAUGGACGACGCAGAUAUCCAGCUCGCCGUGCGAUCUGUUCUCUUCGCCGCCGUCGGCACUGCCGGGCAGCGUUGCACCACCUGCCGGAGGCUGGUAAUGUGCCCACCCCCUCCGCCGUUCUCCUCAUUCUACGAGCUGCCCUGAAAAUAUGGACCUCUGAAGCUGCAAAUCUGCUUUCCCUCCGCGGAGACAGCUCCUCCAUGAAAGCAUAUAUCAGGUAUUUCUCGACCAACUGACUGCAGUCUACAAGCAAGUAAAGAUCGGAGAUCCUCUGGAGAAGGGCACCCUAAUGGGCCCGCUCCACACAGCCGCCUCCAAGCAGCACUUUGCGAGCAGCAUCGAGGUCAUCAAGUCUCAGGUCAGCUCCCUUCCCUCCUCAUCCCACAUCCUGCUGUUCGCCUCAGCUGCUUUCUAAUAGAGAUAUUAACAGGGGGGGAAGAUCCUCGUAGGGGGAGCUGCCGUCAACUCCGACGGAAACUACGUCCAACCGACGAUCGUGGAGAUCUCCUCCUCAGCCCCCAUCGUGCGGGAAGAGCUCUUCGGCCCCGUCCUCUACGUUAUGAAAUUCCAGGUACCGCCGUCCAGCUUCUCCGUUGACUCCUCCCCAGCAUAUAAUAUAUAUAUAUAUAUAUAAUAUUUUUAAAUUUAUUUAUUUAUUUAUUUAUUUUGUGGGCUUCAUGGAGACUCUGAGAGAGGCGAUUGAGAUAAACAACGCCGUCCCGCAAGGAUUGAGCAGCUCGAUAUUCACCCGCAAGCCCGAGCUCAUCUUCCAGUGGAUCGGGUGAGCGUCAAAACCGGGCGUUCUUCCUUUUAUUAUGAUUAUUUCUCUUGCUGAGCGGCCUAUUUACUCCCACUUACCUUUAUUUUAAUGCCCCGGUUAUCUUGGCUUCCCUUGAUCGAGCUUUCAGGCCGCACGGCAGCGACUGCGGCAUAGUCAACGUCAACAUUCCCACGAACGGCGCCGAGAUCGGCGGCGCGUUCGGCGGCGAGAAGGCCACCGGAGGCGGCCGCGAAGCCGGCAGCGACUCCUGGAAGCAGUACAUGCGGCGCUCCACGUGGUAGACCCCCCUAGCCCUCGCCGGCGCGCCCUAGUCUCAUUUCCUCCUCCUCCUCCCCCCCGGGCCCACCGACGAAUUAACGGUCUUCUUUCUUUUUCUUCCCCUUUUUUGUUUUUGGCAGCACGAUCAACUACGGCAAAGAGCUGCCCUUGGCGCAGGGGAUAAACUUCGGCUAG